AUGAACGAAAAUCGGUCGAAUGAGUCGAACGAAGCUCCAGAAGUUUUUUUCGGGGAUCCAUUAUUAACCGCAGAAGAACAAUACAAAAUCGUCAAGAAAACAUUUAAAGAAGUGAUGGGCCACCAAAAUAUGCGGAGCUGGCAGUAUGAAGCGAUCGAAGCAUUGGGUGCGGGAAAAGAUACUUUGAUAGUACAGUGCACAGGAAGCGGAAAAUCUGCAGUAUUUCUCACCUACGCGGCUCUGCAACAAACAGGAUAUACGUUGAUUGUUCUUCCGGUUAACAACAUUCGCGAAGACAUGAUGACGUUUCUGGAUCACUCUGGAAUCAGCCAAACUAAAUUGAGAGACACAAAUUUUCUUGAAUGGGCGGCCAUAAAAGAGUGGAAGAGGCUACGAAACUAUCGCGUCAUCUUUGCAUCUCCUGAAAGCUUGAACAAAAACCAUCUUGUGCUCCAGCUUCUCAACGAACAUCACCCCAUGAAAGCGGCUAUCUUUGACGAGGUGCAUACAUGCAUUGAGUGGAGCUCGUUCAGAACUGAGAUGAAAUUUCUCGGUUUUGCUAGAGAAAUAGCGAGUGCACCAUUUCUAGCGUGUACUGCCACAGCUACAAAACACGUCGAAAGAGGGAUCAAGAAGACAUUGCGGAUGACACAACCCAAGAUAAUAAAAGGCGCAACUGACCGAAAGAAUAUCUACUACAGAAUUCUAACGAAGACAAAUGCGGCAAGAAACAACUCAAAACAAGCAUCGGCAGAGGCCUUGUUUAAUGAUUUGAAGAGAGCUGGACUUGUUAAACCCGACAAAAUAAUCAACAACCGACAGCUCUAUCGGCUAAAGGAACGAGUUCUCAUAUACAUCAAUGUGAGAAAUGAAGGCGAAUUUCUAUACGAUAAUCUUAGCCGAUUUUUCGACAUGCAAAGAUUCGGAAAAUACUUCGGAAACGACGCAAUAAUCAUAAUGGAGGCGGUUAUUGAUUGCAAGGAAAAAGCAACAAUGGCUAAUGUCCUAAAGAAAAUGAAACCGAAAAAACACUUUUAUGCGGUUACAAGGGCGCUCAUCAUUAAUGACUACCUCAAUCUUCGGCAUUAUGAUGGAGAAGGAGCGAUUCGAAUGGUUGUGUCGCUAAAGGGGUACGAUUUUAUGCAGUCGCCCAAAAAAAAAUUCAUCACGGUGCUGACAACUGAGAUGAAAACGCCAAGAAUAAUUUCUAAAGGAAGCCGCGACUGUAUCAUGGAAACAGAAGGCGAACUGAAGGCACAGAAGGAAGAAGAGAACGCAGUGUUCGGCAAGAUAGAAAUCUUCAGAGCUGAAGAGCCACAGAAAAAAAAGGAGGACGCGUAUGAAAGAUCAUAUCGAAAGAUGAUGUACGCAAUUAUGGAGGAUGUGACGCAGCAAUACAAAGAUCGUAAAAAGCCGCAACUUCCUUUCAGCAGAGAGCUAUUGGAACGAGUUAUAUUAUGGCGGCCCACAACGGAAGAAUCAAUGUGUAAAAUUCCAAGAAUGACAGCAGCGGCGGCCAAAAUGUACCAGAGUUUCUAUCUGAACACAGCAAAAUACAAGAAUCUUUGCCCAGAGCUUGAGGUAGAUAGACAAAUCUACGAGGAAGAAGACGCUACCUAUGAAAUGAUGAAAAACCCACCAAAAACCUGGGCGCAAAAAAAACCUCACGAAGAACUGCGAUUGCGCAGCUGGAUGAUUUACAAACGCUACCUUGAUGGAGAAACCAUCGAGCAAAUCGCGCUGAAAGAACACGCCACGCACGACCGAAUCGCCGGCAUCAUGUCGGAAGUCAUAGCAUGUGGUAAACCCAUACAGCUGGAAGAUUUUGGUCUCGGCGAUUUGACAGCAGGAAUGUCAGAAUUAAUAAUGUAA